AUGAAGAUUCUGAUUCUCGCGGCACUUAUCUGCGUUGUCGUCGCCGAUCGGCCAUAUUGGUUCCACGAAGCCGGCAAAAAUGCGGAAGACUGCAAAGAUUAUGAGACGUUACAGGAUGGGUCGAUGUGUGAUGCUGAAACCUGCGAGGGGCCGAAGCCGUGCGUGCUCGUUUUCGUCGCCGGCGUGUGUGUCUGCAAGGAGGGAUCCGGAAUGAAGGGCCCGAUUGCGAUCCUGGGCGCGCGCUCUCAGCUCGGGCAGCAUGUCGUCAGCGUAUUCGAGGGAUUGCAUCCGGAAAUUGCGCUGAACACGUGGGCACACUCAGAUGAACUCGGCGAUGCCGAUUCGGAGGAACGUCUUGCCGUCUGCAUCUCGGAUGCUGAAUUGAACCCGAAACGCCCGAUCUCCAGCUACCAACUGCCGUUCUUGCCGCUCUACUACAUCUACCUCGCGAUCGGCUGGCUGCUGCUCGCGGUUAACAAGGUCUUCGACGUCAGCGGCAUGUUGAGCAAGAUGCCCGACCCGUCGCUGCUGUACCUCAUCUUCCACCACUGGACCUUCUUCAACACGAACAAGUCGACGAAUUUGCUGCCCGACCACGAGGAGCUCUCCCGCGAAUAUGUUGUCAAGAGGAGCCGUGAUCACUAUGCUUUGAUGAACCCGAAUCGCCUGCGCACCAGCUGGCAGCUGCACGUCGAA